AUGCCCCGCUUCACCCCGCUCCAUCCCCGCCAUGUCUUUCUUCCUCUUGUCUUCUUCAUGUCCUCUCUUGCUCUCGUUCACGCCCAAACGCUCUCCACUAACAUGCCCGUCCCGCCCCUCCAAUGGAUCGAGCUGACGGAUCUUCUCGGCGGCACAUCCCCUCCCCCUCUCAAAGACGCAAGCAUGGGCCACGACGGGGCGAACACAUUACUUAUCUUCGGAGGCGAAUCCCAGACAGGCGUUCCGACGGCGAACACUUACGCGCUGGAUCUCAGUAAUCUCCAGUGGUCACAGCCGAGCGCUCCGUCUGGACUCACGUCCACUCCGGCCGCAAGGUUUGCAAUGGUGGCUGGAGACGAUUCUGCGGCGAGCUAUCGGAAUGGCCAUAUCGUGAUUGACGGCGAGGGUGCAAGUGACUCUGCUGCUGCAGAUAUCUGGGAAUUCGACUACACCAACAAGUUUUGGGCUGCCGUGAAUGUAGCUGGAAAUGGCCCCUCAUCCCGAUGGGGUGGCGUUGGUGGUAUCGACCCCCGAGUCGUCGACGAUGCCCUCAACAACACCCUCUACAUGGCCGGCGGUGCUAGCGGAAGUACAAUCUUCGACAUAUCGGAAGUUUGGCAGCUCGAUGUCUCCGGAACGCUAUCGUCAAAUAUUCCAAAGGGAGUUGAGGCGUCUUGGAAGAAAGUUUCCGUUGGCACGACUGUUCCCGGACGGGUCAGCAUGGGCGGGACUGUGAUUGGGCAGCAAAUCGUUGCAGUCGGAGGUUGUACGUCUGCUUCAUCAGUUGACGCGAUUACUUCUGCCUCUUGCGCCGUUCAAGACUCGCAAAUUAUCGAUGCUACAACUGGCCAAGUCAAGAAUCCCCAUCCAUGUAUCUCGGCUCGUGUCGACCCUGUCGUCGUGCCAAACAUGAACACCGCUUCCAGCAGCUUCAGCCAGCAAGCCUUUGUUCUAUUGGGCACAUUUAACAGCGGCCGAUGGGACGAUGGAGGUGGCCUGACUAAAGGCGAAGUGGUAAGCCAAAUUCCCCCUCCCCGGCAAGGCGCGUCCGCACUGUCGUGGAAUGGUCCUCUCGUCGGCGGAUCUUCCAUGAAGGUGACUGACACCAUUAUCUUCGGAGGCCGCGAUGCUUCAGGCAACUACUUGUCGGACAUAUGGAUCCUCCGCGCGUACAACGGGACUGUCACAGCCAAUGGCCAGAAAUGGACUGGUUAUGGCAGUGGCUCGCUGACCACGGGUAUCAGUGCCGAUGGUCAAGGCGUUACCAUCAGUUACAUGACGGAAUGCGCGGUCCAACUCGGAGGCACGUCAACUACCACAACUUCACAGUCAAGCUCCCCGACACCCACCGGCACAGGUUCCGGAUCGAGCAACCCAACCUCCAGUGCGUCGCCCAGCGGUAUUGUGUACGACACAUCCGCACUUCACAAAUAUCUUCCUGCCGUGUCGGUGGCCUUGUUCCUCCCCGCGGUGGCCUUUUAUCGACUAUCGGAACGGUCUGGGCCAACAAGACCCAUGGGACGCCACAUGGGACUGAUGUAUCUCGGUGUCAUCGUGGGUGCUGUUGCCUAUGCUCUCGGCAUCGCUGGCUUCGUCACCGCUUUCACGUCAAUCAGCCGAUCUACACCUCCACUUCACCUCCAAACAUCACACGCGAAAGCCGUCCCAGUUCUCCAGCUCGUUGUUUUAUGCCUGCGUCGCACGUCGACCAAACCGUUGGACCCUUCAGACAGCAGGAUGCGUUCCGACUCUGCCAUGGAGAAGAUGAGCGUAAAUGGCCUGGGUCGCGAAGGCAGGCGAAAAGCUCGUUCGUGGGCUGGCAUUGGCACCUGGGCAGGGGUCCCCAGCCGCCGUUCAAAUGAGACCAACGUGGAAGGCCACCCUCCAUCGCAGCGAUCCUUUGAGGUCGUCAAUCGGGGGCAUCGUCAACGCCGCAGCAGCGGCAAUAGUCUGGCUGCGUUCUCGGACCCUCGGCCAACCCACACUCCCCGCAAUCUCAGCGACAUGAGCUGGCUAGACGCUCGACGGAGUCCUGGCGGCAUGGGUGGAGAAGGUCUCAGUCCUACUGAUCGCCGGGACCCUCCUUGGACCCCAGGCACGACGCCGAUGGAAAUCAUGAGCACCAACGGUCUCAUGCUUGAACAAGCACCGGAACAUCCUGUUCUCCCGUCCGCCUUCGAGGGUUUCACCCACGUUCUGUUCCACGUUCUGGUCUUCGCCUUGACCGUUCUUUCAUUGGUCGCACUCUUCCAGCGUGGACCCAUCGGCGCGUUCGCCGCUUUCCUGGCGUGGUCCGUCAUCUUCUACGGCAUCCUCGUCGGCCUCUCGUGGAACGGUCGUCCGAACAAGUCCAUCCUCUCCGUUAUAUUCAGCCGCCUUCGACACGAACCGGCUCGAUUUUCACCUGUGCCGCGACCCGUCUCGCCAGCGGGCUCUCAGCCUCUGUCUAUGAACGACUCUGUAACCUUCCCCUUCCCCUCCGACGGCCGUGGUCCGUACCAACAUCAUCAACCGCCGUAUCGCACAGUACACCCCGGAGACCGUGAUUAUCCCACGUUGACGUCGCACGGCCACGAUUUGGACGUUGAGGAUGACGACGACGAAGACGAAGACUCCCGCCAGCGCCGUAUAGAGGAUGAACUCAGUCGCCGCGAUGUGGCUGUGGUCACCGUCCCCAAGCGGCGGUUGUAUCUUCUGAACCCCAACCCUCCAGAGGAGGAAGGGAGCUGA